AUGAGCGGAUUCACUGGCAAGAAGACUGAAAUCACACAGGGAGUCGAGCUGCAUGUGUUUUAUGUACCUGAACAUCAGUUUGAUCGGAGACUGAAUAAAGUGUCAGCUGACGCGGUGGACGCUUUCAUAUCGGCAGGAUUUAUCAGGGUGGAUUCAAAUGUGAGCCUUUUUGAUCUUAGAGAUAAUCUCGGAUCAUUUCUCGGACUGGACAGGAUUGCUGAUAAAUAUGUGUUUUUAAAAUGUGUUGGCAGAAGUUUGGCUCUGGUUAAAAUCAGACAGGAGAGAGAACUGACAGUAAAAUCAUUUGCUCCUCCAUUUGCUCCUUUUCCAGAACUUUACCUUCUGUCUGUGAGUGAAAAUGACAGUGGCCUUUGCUCCAGUUCACUAACUCCAGAUACAAUAAUCAGCCUCACUGAAAAUCACAGUCAAGAUUUACUCAGAUCAACCUGUGCACCUGACCGCAUUAAAGGGACCAUUAAAUUACCAUCAAUCAACAAAGCAGCUCAACAGUCUGUGCUCAUGCAGACAGAAGAGGAGAUUGACAGCGAUGAAAACACACAAUCUACAGAAAAUCUGAUAUACAGUUCAGAAGAUCAGAUGAUGCCUCCACCCAAACAGCAUGCAGAAAGGCACCUUGUGAAACACAAACUUUAUGCAGUCACACAAAAGAAACACAGUUUUCAAAGAAACUCCGGGGGCGAUCCAGGGUUUCUUGAGGAUUCUGACAACUCGUCUGUACUUGUGAGAAAAUUCAACACCUCUGUGACACUGAAAUCAACUGGAGAAAAAUCUGAUCAUGUGGUUUCUGCGAGUAGACCAAACUCUCCGCUCCCAACAGUGUGUAGUUCUCAGCUGUCUCUCUAUUCACUGGAACCUCAUACACAACAAACAGUCACAUGUAAGAUAGCACUGCUGAAGAGAGAAAUUAAGGUACUUAAAGAGCAGAGGAAACAGCUUGAACAGACUAGACAAGAGCUUUUGAAAAAGGGCAGAGAGCUUUUAGCUCUUAACAGACACCGCAGGAACCAAGCGCGUGACAGGUGGAAGAGGAAAUAUUUUGAUGCAAAGAAGGCAACAGCUCAACAUGAGCAAACUCUGAGAAGAGUUCGACUUGAACUUCACACCUUUUAUUGUAAAAUGCUGCGACAACUCCAAGCCCGAGAUGAUACAAGACGUCAAACACAAGCAGGGAAACUAUCAAGCACAAAGAAUGAUCUGAUAAUCCAGAUUAUGACGGAGAGCUGUGAAAUUGAUAAUCUGAGGAAAAAUAUGGAUGAUGCUAAAAUGAAACUCGCCAAAGAGAUCAAGCUGAGGAAGCAAACUUUCACAGAACUGCAGACACUAAAGGCAGAGCUGAUGCAGAAGAGAUCGCAGUUAUAAUGAAACACCACAUACUGAUUUACAAAGUUGAUAUUUUUAUUUUGUUUAAUUUUGUUUAUUAUUGAUAAUCUUUUGCUUUGAGUUGUUAUCCCAACUGGUUACAGCUUCAGUUUUUGGACAAGCCUAUAGACGGUUUCAUCAGAUACUAGCCAGCCUAAUGAAGGGGGAGGGGGGCAUUUCAAAAAGUUCUCAUUUUAUAUUUCAAUGAUUAUUAUAUAUGUUGUAUGCAAGUUUAAGACAUAUUCAUUAAAGCAGCCCUACAGAAAUGGUGCUUUAAACAAGAUUCGGGUGU